ACACAGGUGCACAAGGGCCUCACUCUGCUCCCUGCAGACACCACCCUCUCCUGCAGCUCAGCUCCUGCCCCUCCCUUGCCCUGGAGCAGCACCACUUUAUAGCUCCUGGGGAUCUGAUGCCCUCUCUGGACCCGGAGGUAGCAGGAAUUAUCUGGCAGGUCUCAUCUCCAUUGGGUGGCAGGAUCCUGGGGAAGGAACCAACAGCUCCUCCGCGGGCGCUGGUUAUAAAGUCCAAGCAGCCCGAGGGCCUCAAAUGCCCUGUAUCCCAGAUGGGACAAUGGCGCAGCGAAUGCUGCUCCUGCUGCUGGCGGCCGCCCUGACCCUGAUCGAGACCCGCGCGGGCUCACACUCGAUGCGGUAUUUCGAGACCGCCUUGUCCCGCCCUGGCCUCCGGGAACCCCGAUUCAUCUCUGUCGGCUACGUGGACGACACGCAGUUCGUGCGCUUCGACGGCGACGCGGAGAAUCCGAGGUAUGAGCCGCGGGCUCCAUGGAUGGAGCACGAGGGGCGGGAGUAUUGGGAGCGGGAGACACAGAUCGCCAAGCGCAAUGAGCAGAGUUUCCGAGGGAGCCUGAGGACCGCGCAGCGCUACUACAACCAGAGUGAAGGCGGCCUUCACACGUUCCAGCUGUUGUUCGGCUGUGACGUGGGGUCGGACGGGCGCCUCCUCCGCGGAUACCUACAGUUCGCUUAUGAUGGCCGAGAUUACAUCGCCCUGAACGAAGACUUGAACACGUGGACGGCGGCGGACCUGGCAGCGCUGAUCACCCGACGCAAGUGGGAGCAGGCUGGUGCUGCAGAGCAUUACAAGGCCUACCUAGAGGGCGAGUGCGUGGAGUCGCUCCGCAGAUACCUGCAGCUCGGGAAGGAGACGCUGCUGCGCACAGAUCCCCCAAAAGCCCAUGUGACCCAUCACCCCAGAUCUGAAGGUGAUGUCACCCUGAGGUGCUGGGCCCUGGGCUUCUACCCUGCUGACAUCACCCUGACCUGGCAGUUGAAUGGGGAGGAGCUGACCCAGGACAUAGAGCUUGUGGAGACCAGGCCUGCAGGGGAUGGAACCUUCCAGAAGUGGGCAGCUGUGGUGGUGCCUCUUGGGAAGGAGCAGAAUUACACAUGCCAUGUGGAACAUGAGGGGCUGCCUGAGCACCUCACCCUGAGAUGGGAGCCUCCUCCAUCCACGGACUCCAACAUGGUAAUCAUGGCUCCCAUGGCUGUUCUUGUUGUCCUUGGAGCUGUGAUCAUCAUUGGAGCUAUGGUAUCUUUUGUGUUGAAGAGCAGGAGAACAAUAGGUGGAAAAGGAGGGGACUAUGCUCCGGCUGGAGGAAGCAAAGGUGGCCAGGGCUCUGACUUGUUUCUGGGGGCCUUCAAAGCUAUCCUUCCUGGUCCUGCAGGCACUAGGGGACAUCUGCAUCCUGACAGCUCCAUGCUGCCCUGAGCUGCAGCUCCUCACUUCCACACUGAGAAUAAGAAUCUGGAGAGAUGGCUCAGCAGUUAAGAGAACUGACUGCUCUUUCAGAGGUCCUGAGUUCAUUCCAAGCACUCACAUGGUAGCUCACAACCAUCUGUAAUGGAAUCCCAUGUACCCUUAUAGUAUAUGUCUGGAGCUAGGUGCAGUA